AUGAAAGCUCAUAGAGAAACCUUGGGGCAUUGGCUUCUUCAAAGAAUGACUGCCGCUUCUCUAAUUCCAACCAUUCUUAUAUCAAAUGUUUCCACUUUGAUUCUGUUAAAUAUUUUGUUAUUCUGGCAUAUUCAUGUGGGAAUCGAAGAAAUUCUGACAGAUUAUGUUCACCAUGAAAUAACACGAAAUUGGAUCUUGAUUCUUUUCAGAGUAUUUUGUUUAAUAAUUAUCAAAUAUGUUUUUUUGUUUUUUGUUUUUUAA